AUGGGAAGCUGCGUUUCCGUGCAAGCCAGAUCAGCCGGAUCCUUCUCCAAGAGGACCAGAGACGUCAGGCCCCUUCCCGAUCAUGCCCUAAUCGAAUCUGUCCGCAAGUCCUCUGUUCGUCAUGCCGCUUCCAUUCUCUCCAAUGAAUCUACCGGCGACAACAUUUUCGAGAAAUAUCGCUUUGGGAAGGAGCUUGGCCGGGGGGAGUUUGGGAUCACGCAUCAGUGCUUUGAGAUCGAAACUGGCGAGACCUUUGCGUGUAAGACUAUUUCGAAGAGCAAGUUGAGAUCUGAGAUCAAUGUCGAGGAUGUUCGUAGAGAGGUUGCUAUUAUGAGAAAUUUGCCAAAGCAUCCUAAUAUUGUUACCUUCAAGGAGGCUUUUGAGGAUAAUGAAGCGGUUUAUUUUGUUAUGGAGCUUUGUGAGGGCGGUGAACUCUUUGAUAGGAUUGUCUCUAAAGGCCAUUACACUGAACGUGCGGCGGCUGACGUUACCAAGACCAUUAUUGAGAUUUGCAAGGUAUGCCAUGAAAAUGGAGUAAUCCAUAGGGAUUUGAAACCUGAGAACUUCUUGUUCGCAGAUGAAAGUGAAAACUCUCAACUGAAGGCAAUUGAUUUUGGUCUUUCCAUAUUUUUCGAACCUGAUCAGAGAUUCAGUGAAAUUGUUGGAAGUCCAUAUUACAUGGCACCAGAGGUCUUAAGACGCAGCUAUGGACCUGAAAUUGAUGUUUGGAGCGCUGGGGUUAUUCUCUACAUCUUACUUUGCGGAGUUCCUCCUUUCUGGGCAGAAUCUGAGGAAGGCAUUGCACAUGCUAUUGUUCGGGGUGAUAUAGAUUUUGAGAGGGACCCUUGGCCAAAGGUUUCUAAGGAAGCAAAAGAACUUGUGAUUGGGAUGCUUGAUCCAAAUCCUUAUAGUCGGAUGACUGUUGAAGAAGUACUUGAACAUCCUUGGAUACAAAACAAAAACCAGGCUCGUAAUGUCUCCCUGGGAGAAAAUGUCGGCAUAAGGAUAAAGCAAUUCACUUUGAUGAAUAAGUUCAAGAAGAAAGUACUUAGGGUUGUGGCUGACCACUUGUCAGACGAGCAAAUGGAUGGGAUCAGACGAAUGUUCCAUAUGAUGGACACUGACAAAAAUGGAGAUUUGACUUUUGAAGAGUUGAAGAAUGGUUUGCAUAUGAUUGGACAUGCUCUUCCCGAUCCUGAUGUGCGGAUGUUGAUGGAUGCUGCGGACAUGGAUGGAAAUGGAACACUAAGCUGCGAGGAGUUUGCGACAAUGUCCAUUCAUCUCAGAAAGAUGAGCACUGAUGAGCUUCUGGCUCAAGCUUUCAGUUUCUUUGACAAGGACCAAAAUGGGUACAUUGAAUAUGAUGAAUUGAGAGAAGCUUUAAUGGAUGACAGUGAGAAGGUGAUCCAAGAUAUCCUUUCUGAUGUUGACUCAGAUAAGGACGGUCGAAUCAGUUACAACGAGUUCAAGGCAAUGUUAACGACAGGGAUGGAUUGGAAAAUGUCUUCUCGGCAGUACUCGAGGGCAAUGCUUCAUGCACUUAGCCUCAAAUUGUUCAAAGACAAAUCAGUGGCAGUGCAAAACUAGAUAGUUUCUGGGUUCAACUCGGAAUCAUCAGUACAGAAAUGAAAGAAAUGGAUUGAAUGUGUACCCUCAAUUUUCCUCUAUUUUAUAGUCUUUUUUCGGUUAAAGUAAUUAUUGUUUCAAUUCCUGUUCGUUCAGCCCAUUUUAAGAAGAGAGAGGGGGAGAUAGAGAGAGGGAGUGGAGGAAAAAAGAAAAGAAGAGGGAUAAAUGCGCAUAAUAUAAAUUUAAAUUUAGUGCUUGGAAAUUCAUUUUCUGAGAUUUGUAUGUAAUCCAUCUUCAGAGUCUUCUAUAAAUGCAGUUAAAACGUCUUAUUUCA